AUGGUAUACGUAGGUGCAGACACUCUUCAGACAAACCACACUGAGACAAUAUCGGAAGCGAUUGACACAACACCAAAUGUCGAACAGACACAACCGGCGUCACACAGUACCGACAGGCGACAGCCAGUCCCAACAAGAGACACGCGCGAAGUCAGAGUUUAUACGGACUCUAUCUGGAAAGCAGUGGACACUUCUAGAAUGUUUCCAAACCGCUCCACCAGUAAGGAACAUGCAUCAACAAUAGACCACGCGACUAAGAAGAUGGAACGGGUGAGCGACCCUAAAACGGCGUAUGUCAUACUACACGUGGCUUCAAACGACCUGGAUAAUAGCCAGAGAGACACCUCCUCUGUACAAGACUGUCUCGAUAAAACAACAGAGCUUAUCUCAUGCGCCAAGACAUCUUUCCCCAAUGCCACAAUCGUCCUAUCACAAGUACUCCCCAGAGGACACAACAUGGACUCAAACUUAAACAAAAACAUUAAGGACUACAACCAGGCCGUUCUGCAACGAAGCAAGGAUGACAGUAAGACUCUGUAUGUCCGCCACAAGAAACUAUCCACAACACGACAGCUCUACAAACGUGAUGGAAUCCACCUGGACGACACCACGGGGACCAGCCUGCUGGUUGCAGAUGUAAAGCGCACCAUGCGUUCUGCCGAGAACAGGUCCACUUACAGUGGCAGCGGCACUUACACACCUCCCGACACAUCAGCAAGGGAGCGCCAGGGGCCACGACAAAGGCAGGAUCGCCAGUACCACAACGCUCGAACGCCUCAGCACCAGAGCCAGGACAGGCCCACAGGACCUCGCCAUGAUGCUGGAAGCUACCCACUAGGUGACUGGAGCCGCCGCCCGAACCUACACGCGUCCCAGAUUCCACAACAGAAAAUCAUGGACAUAGCGUACAAACUGUCCGAGAUGCUGAUGAACAUUUGAGCUACAUAUGGGAAACAAUGGCACCGUCCAUCG